CCGCAGAGCUACCAAGCCUCCAAUCAAUUCCAUACUCCACCUAUCCAGGCGGCACCUACAUACUCCCAUCAAAGAUCCUAUCUGCUACUCGAAUGUUUGCUCCCCGUCCAUCAACAUCCCUUGAAUGGACCCCAAAUUGAUUCCUCCAAGACCUCGAUCAGUAACGGACUAAUUGACCCUCACGAUUCGCACCGUCCACCAUUGCCUCUGAUUGAAAGCACACUUCGGUCUUGCACUCAACCGAGGGUCUUGGAUUUUUGAAUAGGCCGUUCGAUCUUCAUCGCGCGUAAGGUACUGUCACUGCUCGCAUGCGCUGAGGUUCUGGAUACGCGUUGAGCUUCAGGCCGCGGCGGGUGCGAAUCGUAAUUUUACCGGAAAUGGCUGUUGAGUCUGGGAAAGAGUCCCUCAAGCCCAAAUAUGGCCCAAAAGUACUGCAGAUCCGCGAGAUACUUGCCCAGCCGGUUUUUGCAGCGUUCUGUGCUGGAGGAGUAGCAGGUGCAGUCUCUCGAACCGUAGUAUCACCUCUGGAACGACUUAAGAUUCUCUUCCAAAUACAAAGUGUUGGCCGUGAGGAAUAUAAACUGUCCGUCGGAAAAGGCCUUGCUAAGAUGUGGAGAGACGAAGGAUGGAGAGGCUUCAUGAGAGGAAAUGGUACAAAUUGUAUCCGUAUAGUGCCCUACUCCGCAGUACAGUUUGGCAGUUAUAAUUUCUAUAAGAAGUUUUUUGAGCCUUCCCCGGGUGGCGAUUUAUCUUCCGUCAGUCGUCUUGUCUGUGGUGGCUCGGCAGGUAUCACGUCUGUAUUCUGCACGUAUCCCUUGGACAUUGUCAGGACCCGACUGUCUAUCCAGUCUGCAUCCUUUGCCGCCCUUAGCCAAACACAAAGGGACCGACUUCCCGGCAUGUGGGCGACCUUGGUGACUAUGUACAGAACAGAAGGUGGCAUUCUUGCUCUCUAUAGAGGUAUAAUACCGACUGUGGCUGGUGUCGCACCUUAUGUUGGACUAAACUUCAUGACUUAUGAACUAGUCAGGAAAUACCUGACUCCUGAGGGUGAUAAAAACCCGAGCGCUGUACGGAAACUUGCUGCAGGAGCCAUAUCAGGGGCAGUGGCGCAGACCUGCACAUAUCCUUUCGAUGUUCUUCGCCGCCGCUUUCAGAUAAACACUAUGUCUGGAAUGGGUUAUCAGUAUAAGUCUAUCUUUGAUGCCAUCCAUGUCAUCAUAACACAAGAAGGGAUCAAAGGAAUGUACAAGGGCAUUGUUCCAAACCUGCUGAAAGUCGCUCCCAGCAUGGCAAGCAGUUGGCUUAGCUUUGAGAUGACAAGAGACUUCUUGCUCACCCUCAGACCUGAAGAGGUCGAUUUGUAGGGGAGAGUCUGUUCAUAUUCAAGUUUGCUUUUUGUGAACAGCCAGCAGGUCGAGCAGUUCAGGCUGAAAAGUGGGAUGUUCGCAGCCGGAAAGAACGCCUUGUAUGUGACAGAAGAGAUCGGACACGUAAUACACCUGGGUCAGCAUUGGGAGCCGGCGCAAAAGGGCUAUGUAGAAAGAAGUAGAUAUUUCCUUGCACUGUAUUUGACGGUUACCAAAAGUGGCAUCAUAGAUCCAUGAUAUGCGGAUGUAUGGUUAAAGAGUACAUAGCCAAACGGCUUCAUGGGAACCUGCAAGAUUGUACUGCAUACAUUGCGUUUGAUCAGAGACGCAAAACACGUAGCUACCUACCUAGGCACAUUUGAUGGAUAGAUGCGUGACUCACCAUUCCCAUGAGUGCACAAGUAGG